AUGGCGCGGGUGAUUCCCUUACAGCAGGUGGACCAGCGCUACGUCUCCCCGGGACGCCCCACCCCGCUGCUGCGCCACGCCACGCCCACCGCGUCGCCCUGGGGCGCGCGCAGCGUCACGCCGACGCAGUCGCCGGUGGUGCGGCGCGCCGCGACGCCGGUGACGACGCCGGGACAGCUGCCGGUCUACGGACAGCUGCCGGCCUUCCCCAGCUACACCGCUGCCGUGGGUGUCCCGGCCGCCCCCGUCGCCGGGCUCAGCACUUGGAGCGCGCGGCCGGCGCCCCUGGAGUUGGCGGUGGGCAUCGUGGUGCGAAUCGGCGCAGUGCAGUGCAUGAUCUCCGAGCCCUUGGGCAUGGGUUCCUUUGGCGUGGUCUGGGCGGCCAAGACCUCUGCAGCACCACAGGAGGUGGCGGUGAAGGAGAUGAUUUGCAACAGCGACACCGAGCUCGGCCGAGCGGAGUAUGAGAUCAAGCUGCUGAAGAUGUCCGGGCACAGAUAUCCCGCAGAUAGGAUGGGGGUGGGACAUGUCAAGCAGGAGUUCUGUGAUGUGGUUUCUGUCAGGAAACCGAUAUAUUUGGAUUAUAUAUGUACUGGAAGAUACACAAAUGUGUGCAACCUGAUCGUCACGACAGUCACUACAUGCUUCAUCCUAUAG